AGUGGUGGUGGGCAAAAAUUCAGCCUCUAAAAUGUGUAAAAGGAAGGCAAAGUUGGGUUGACACACCUGACACGUGUACGGUCAAAUUGUAGGCGCAUGGUCCACGGAGGAGAGGAGAGCACAAUGCACUAAUGCAGUGCAUUCAUUGGCUAUGGAAUAUAAGCCCCUCCUAGUUCUGCGGAGGCCUCUCUCUCCCCCUCGCUCUCUUCGCCUUCCAACCAAUCCAACCAAUCCAACCAACCAACGAACGUGCUCUCCUCUCCUCUCGGACCCCCCUUCCCUCCCAUCCUUUUGCAAGUUUAGAGUUAGACCCCUUCUUCUGUCUCUCUCUCUCCUCUUUUCUCCUCUCUCUCUCUUCUGGUUUUGUUCUCCUCUUUCUUUCAAUUCUGAUGGAUUUUCUACAUUUUUCGUGAUGAUAUUCAUCUCGUUCAAGUAAAGAUUCUCUGUUGGCUAGCAGCUCAUUGUUAGCUAGCUCUUCAUAUAUUCGUCAACCAACAUUACAACAUCUCUUAGUUAACUGAUUAGUACUAUGGAGGAGAGAAGUGAGGACGACGUCAGGGACGCAUUGGCCGGCCUAAGCAACGCCCCUCCGCCCCGCAAAUCCCAUUCGUUGAGCCAUCAGCUGCGCCCAACCUCCGCCCAAAAACGCCACCACCAAAUACGCAAACAUAGCCUCGACGACGUCCACGUUGUCCCCAAGAGCGUCCAUAACAAUAAUAAUGUGGACUACUACGACUCUUCUGACGACGAUUUCUUUCCUUACUCCACCUCCAACAGCAGCAGCACCACCACCACUAGUAAUGCUGUUGGCGGUGCUGAUUACGAAGUGUACGUGGGCGGCACUCACUCCCAUAGGCUGGACCAGAGCCUCUGCAUGGAUGAUGGUGAUGAUCCUGAUGGCAACAGAGAAUGCCAGCCGUUGCCCGAAUUCAUUGGCAGUGGCGGCGGCACUGGCAUCUUCAAGGUUCCAACUCGAGCCUCUGUCCAUCCUGGUCGUCCCCCCUGCUUGGAGCUGAGACCCCACCCUCUCAGGGAGACACAGGUCGGCAGGUUCCUCAGGACCAUUGCCUGCACCAACACCCAGCUGUGGGCUGGCCAGGAGGGCGGAGUCAGGGUCUGGAAUUUAAAGGACGUCUUUGAACCUGGCUUUGGUAUUACUAGCAGAGUCAUGAGGGGCGAUGAGGAUGCUGCCCCAUACUAUGAAUCCGUCAACACCUCUCCCACCCAUUGUCUCACGGUUGAUACCGGCAAUCGCUUGAUUUGGACUGGCCAUAAGGAUGGCAAGAUCAGGUCUUGGAAGAUGGACCAGUCUUUGGAUGCUUCUACUCCUUUUAAGGAAGGUCUUUCCUGGCAGGCCCACCGUGCUCCUGUUCUUGCCAUGGUUUUCACUGCUUACGGUGAUAUGUGGUCAGGUUCCGAGGGUGGUGUUAUCAAAAUCUGGCCAUGGGAAACCAUUGAAAAAUCUCUCUCCCUAAAACCCGAGGAAAGGCAUAUGGCAGCUUUGCUGGUGGAGAGGUCGUGCAUUGACCUCAGGAGCCAAGUUACUGUUAAUGGCGUCUGUAGUAUAUCUUCUCAAGAUGUCAAGUGUUUGGUUUCUGAUAAUUUCAGAGCUAAAGUUUGGUGUGCCGGUUCUAUGUCCUUCUCCUGGUGGGAUGCUCGUACAAGAGAGCUUGUGAAAGUCUUUAAUGUAGAAGGUCAGAUUGAGAAUCGAGUUGACAUGUCAGCAGUGCAGCAAGAUCAAGCAGUAGAAGAUGAGAUGAAGGUAAAAUUUGUUUCAACAUCCAAAAAGGAGAAAUCCGGGGGCUUUCUACAACGGUCGCGUAAUGCUAUAAUGGGAGCUGCAGAUGCUGUUCGACGAGUUGCAACAAGAGGGGCUGGAGCAUUUGUAGAAGAAUCCAAGAAGACAGAAGCGCUAGUGCUAACUGCGGAUGGCAUGAUAUGGAGCGGAUGCACAAAUGGUUUACUGGUUCAGUGGGAUGGAAAUGGUAACCGUGUGCAAGAUUUUAAUCACCAUUAUUCUGGUGUCCAAUGCUUUUGCACUCUUGGGACACGAAUAUAUGUAGGCUAUGUGAGUGGCAUGAUUCAGGUAUUGGAUCUUGAGGGAAAUCUGAUUGCAGGAUGGGUUGCACACAGUAGUCCAGUGAUAAAACUGGCCGUUGGAACUGGUGUUGUUUAUAGCUUGGCCACCCAUGGUGGUAUUCGCGGAUGGCACAUCAAAUCUCCAGGACCUACAGACAACUUGAUACGUACAGAAUUGGCUGCAAAAGAAAGUGUAUAUGCCAAAAGAGACAAUGUUAGAAUUUUAGUAGGCUCAUGGAAUGUUGGUCAAGGAAGAGCAUCUCAGGAUGCACUAAUGUCAUGGUUGGGCUCUGCUGUGCUGGAUGUUGGCAUUGUAGUUGUCGGGUUACAAGAAGUAGAAAUGGGCGCAGGCUUUCUUGCAAUGUCUGCAGCAAAAGAAACUGUAGGGCUUGAAGGGAGUUCUGUUGGCAACUGGUGGCUUGAUAAUAUAGGAAAGGCCUUAGAAGAAGGAAAAACUUUCGAACGUAUGGGUUCUAGGCAGCUCGCUGGCUUGCUCAUAUCUCUUUGGGUAAGAAAGAAUCUCAGAACACAUGUUGGGGAUAUUGAUGCUGGAGCAGUUCCGUGUGGCUUUGGUCGUGCCAUUGGUAACAAGGGAGGUGUUGGUUUGAGAAUCCGAGUCUAUGAUCGUAUAAUGUGCUUUGUGAACUGUCAUUUGGCUGCACAUUUGGAAGCUGUCAACCGCCGUAAUGCUGAUUUUGAUCACAUUUAUCGAAAUAUGGUCUUCAACCGGUCAUCUCUACUUAACACGGCAGCUGCUGGUGUCUCAACUUCUGUUAAUAUGUCCCGAGCUCCAAAUGCUGUCAGCGGCAACACUGAAGAUGUAAGGCCUGAAUUAGCUGAAGCAGAUGUGGUUGUUUUUCUCGGUGAUUUCAAUUAUCGGCUUUUUGGUAUAUCUUACGAUGAAGCAAGGGACUUUGUUUCACAAAGAUGCUUUGAUUGGCUCAGAGAAAAAGAUCAGCUCAGAGCAGAGAUGAAAGCCGGGAAAGUUUUCCAAGGGAUGCGUGAGGCACUCAUCAGAUUCCCUCCAACAUACAAGUUUGAAAGGCACCAAGCAGGUUUAGCAGGAUAUGAUUCUGGUGAGAAGAAACGCAUUCCUGCCUGGUGCGAUAGAAUAAUAUAUCGUGACAAUCGGCCAUUACCAGUUGCUGAGUGCAGUUUAGAGUGCCCUGUAGUCUCGUCAAUUAUACAGUAUGAGGCACGCAUGGACGUGACUGACAGUGAUCACAAACCUGUCCGGUGCAAACUAAGUUUACAAAUUGCACAUGUUGAUAGAUCGGUAAGGAGAAAGGAGUUUGGGGAAAUUGUAAAAUCCAAUCAGAAUAUCAGGUCUAAUCUUGAAGAAUCAAAUUAUGUUCCAGAAACUAUUUUGAACACCAACAACAUAAUCCUUCAAAAUCAGGACACGUCCAUUUUGCGUAUCACUAAUAAAUGUGUAAAGGAUACUGCCGUAUUUAAAAUCACUUGUGAAGGCCAGUCCACUGUCAAGGAGGAUGGGGAAGAGCUUGACUAUCGCCCGAGAGGUGCCAACGGGUUUCCUCGAUGGCUUGAGAUCACACCAGCAGCAGGCAUGAUCAAACCUGAACAGUCUGUGGAGGUCUCAGUUCAUCACGAAGAGUUUCAUACCUUGGAAGAAUUUGUUGAUGGCAUCCCUCAAAAUUGGUGGUGCGAAGACACCCGCGACAAGGAAGCGAUUUUAAUGGUCAGUGUCCAAGGUAGUUGCUCAGCUCAAACAUGUAGUCACAGAGUUCGAGUGCGGCAUUGCUUCUCAGCCAAGACCCGCAUGGACUCAAAAUCCAACAGCUCUAAAAAAUGCCAGGGAAGUCCAGUUCAGAGGUCUGAAGUUCGGCAACCUAACAUUUCAAGCGAAACCAACUUAAAAAAUCCUAGAAGCUAAGCUAGUAUCGAAUACUUGAUAGCAUGAGGCAGUUUAUAGAAACAUGGAUCAUCAGCUGGUAACAGUGAAGAUGGAUCUGAUACAAUACCGAGUGCAUUCUUUUCGUUAGAAACUCUAGUGUAAAGCAAAACAUGGUGUAAAUACUCUCUUUGAAGCCUGUUGUUUACUUAAAAGACAGUUUAGGGACAGGUUUUAUACGUUCAGUGUCAUGCCAUCUCUCUCUGCAUUAUCCUGUCUGUUUUCCUUCAGGCUUCGUAGUUUAUUUCCGAUUUGUUUCCGAUCAAUAGAUAAACGCAGAAAAACAAAAGAGACGAACUGAACAAUAUGAUGUGAAAAGGGUAGUCGAUAUUAUUAAUUAUAAAGAUCAACUGUUAUUACAA